CUUUGAAAUUUGAAUAGGCGUCUCAGAACUCGUCACAUGGGCAAAGCAAAAGAGGCAAGGAUGACAAUAAAAGCGACAUGUCGUUCUUGGCACUCCAUGUAGUAUUUCAAUUUCAAUUCCAGACCCGACCGAAUUGUAAAAUAAACCCUAAAAACCUCGACCCUCUACAAUACCCACAUCCAACCCAAAAACCCACUUUGCUCGAAUUCAACAAUGGAAGUUUUGUCAUGGGAUGGAACCCUCUCGUCACGUGACUUCCAGGUUGCAGCACGUGCUUUUGCAGAGAACUGGAAGCAAUUCAACCCUGCCUUGCCUCCAUGGACGUGGGUUCCUUGUCUUAAACAACCUUCUCGUCUCUCUCAAGAGCAGGGCUACUUGUCAUUGGAGAAGAUAUGCCUUCUUGGAUCAAACAAGGAACAUGAGCAGGAAGAUGUAGAUGAAGAAGAGCCUGAGCCAGUUGAUAAUGCCACGCUUGUUGAGAGCGCUGGUCCUCAGGUGUGUUACUAUGAUUUCCAUAUAGCAUACAGUGAUUCGUAUCGGGUUCCUGUGCUGUAUUUUCGUGGGUACUACAUUGAUGGACAACCUAUGGCUUGGGAUGAGAUUGAAAAAGACUUGCCUGCAUGCUCAUCAAAGGUGUUGCUGGAAUCGAAAUGGACAUUCAUUACUCAGGAGGAGCAUCCGCACUUGAAUAGGCCAUGGUACAAGCUGCAUCCAUGUGGGACUAGUGAGUGGAUGAAGCUGCUUUUUCUUGGUGAUGAAUCCCUGGCUAAGAAUGGAGUAGCGGUUGAGCAAUAUUUGGUGUCAUGGCUCUCAGUUGUUGGUCAAGUAGUUGGUCUUAGAAUCCCUUUUGACAUGUUGAAUCACCAUAAAAGUUGUAAUUGAUAUAUUCUAUGAAUAAGAGUAGAUGGUUAAAGACCAUCUCCUCAAAUCACAACCUUUAGAGGAAAGCAUAUAUUUUACUACCAAAAAUGAGAACUCUUUGA